AUGGAUGAAAGACGAAAAGAGGAAGUGAAAGAGCAAGAACAAAAGAAUGUUCGAUACAGAGGAGUAAGAAGGAGGCCAUGGGGAAAAUACGCUGCAGAAAUCAGAGACUCCAGGAGAAAUGGUGUUCGGGUUUGGCUGGGAACUUUCAACACCGCGGAAGAGGCAGCGAGAGCAUAUGAUCGAGCUGCUUUUGCUAUGAGAGGUCCAUUGGCAAUUCUCAAUUUCCCUGAUGAACAUUGUUUGACAACUGGAGACUCUGCUUCUGGAGCUUCUUCAUCUUCGUCGUCUACGAAUGUUGAAAAAAAUAGAGAAGAUCAGGGGAAGCAUGUCCUUGAGCUCGAGUAUUUAGAUGAUAAAUUGUUAGAAGAACUUCUUGAUUGUGAUAACCAAGACAAAAAAUAUUAA